UCUCAUAACUAAUGUCACCUAACUAUAUACUACCGAUUAAAAUAAUUUACGUUAAACCCCCUCCCCCCAAAAAUAUCUUCAGUUUUCUUGGAAUGUAUCCACAGUACGUAAAAUAUUAUACUUUGAAUCCACGUAUACCUCUUUGCGUGGAUGUUCGCCUUUGCGCAAAAUUCACACUGAUUAUGGAAGCUAUAGGAUACCUUGUGCUAGAUGUUUAUGGAAAUCGAAAACAAUUAGAUCGUUUAGUCGGUUACGUUGCUAUGGUUCACAAAGAUAUGCGCUUAGAUAAAGGAGACAUGACAAAUUUUGAAACGAGCUUUUUGCGAUACUUGGAACAAACCUUUCCAGUUCAUAUGACUGGAAAGUGUCAAGAAGCAAUGACAAUGUAUAUUAAUAGUAUUGUAAAUGGAAUCGUAAUUAAGAUGGAGGAGUUUCGUCAAUACGAAAUAAUCAAAGCGGAUGCAAUACCGCGAUCGACAAUGACAUAUUGGAAAGACAGAAAAAAGGAUUGGGAUGUGUUAUUGAAUGAUUGGAAUGCUAAAAAUUCGUUCUUAGAGCCAAGGAAUACUAUUACGAUCAGUAACUAUGAUAACGAGUUAGCAUACGAAUUGAAAACCGAGGACGAGACGAUUGAAUUACCUGAAUUGAAAGUAGAACGUGAUGACAAACACAAAGAAGAUACUAUUACAAUCGUUAAACCUGCUCUCGUUCAAGAAAAAACGAACGAUGAUAAGAAAAACGAAUUCAAGGACGAAUUAUCAUCGGAACCUAGGGGAGUUGUGGAUAAUAAGAAGGAUCCUGAGAAAAUGUCGAAGGAAUCGAAUUCAUGGAAAUCGUCUGCGCGGGAACAAUUAAGUUAUUCGCCGAGUACGAGUCCUCGAGAAAGAUAUCGUGCCUUUAGUAUAGUCCGAGAGGCCAUAGAUCCUCAAAGCGAUCCUGGAAUACUUCGUAGAAGACUCCGAAGUAGUCGUAUGGCGGUCAGACCUACUAUUAGUGAAAUCAUCAAGCAAGACGAAUACACGACAGAUCUUGAACACGUUCAACUUCGUAAAUUUUCUAAUACGGCACGUGAAAGACGUCGAGAGUCGCAAAAAUUUAGUUUCGAUCUGAAAUAAACAAUUAAUUGAUAUAAUAAGGUCAAUCAAUGAUGGAAGAAGGAAAAUGUCAAGAACAAUAUUUCGAUUGACAAUGCUUAAAUAUUCAUCAAAGAAAUGAUGCAUCCUUUAAUAUUCUCGAUACGAUCGAUCUAAGAAACGUUUAUCAAAACUAGUUGACCAUAUUGUAAAUUCACUUUGACAUUUAUCCUUAUCUAACUAUGUCAUAUAAGUAUAUACAUAACUUUAUUCUUUUUUUAUACUAUAUUAAUCGAUUUAUUUCGGAACGUAAUGAAUUGACCAAACGAGACGAGUUGUCUCAUAAUAAUAAUAAUAAAUAAAUAAAUAAUAAUAAUAAUAGUAAUAAU